UUCUGAAGAGGCUGAUGCUUUUCCUGCCCCGUUCUUCCCUUGCAGGAUGGGUUCUGGGUGGGUUCCCUGGGUGGCAGCUCUGCUAGUGAAUCUAAUCGGGCUGGAUUCCUCUGUGACUCAAGGCAGAGACUCUCCAGAAGACUUCGUGAUCCAGGCGAAGGCUGAGUGUUACUUCACCAACGGGACCGACCGGGUGCGGUUUGUGGUCAGAUUCGUCUAUAACCUGGAGGAGUAUGCACGUUUCGACAGCGACGUGGGGGGCUUUGUGGCCCUGACGGAGCUGGGGCGGCCGGAUGUGGAGCUGUGGAACCGCCGGCCGGACAUCCUGGAGAGAAGCAGGGCUUCUGUGGAUGCGCUCUGCCGGCGCAACUACGCGCUGGGCGCACCCUUCACCGUGGGGAGAAGAGUGCAACCAGAGGUGACGGUGUAUCCAGAGCGGCCCCCAGUGCUGGGGCACCCCAACGUGCUGCUGUGUGCCCUGACCGGCUUCUACCCGGGGGACAUCAGAGUCCGCUGGUCCCGGAAUGGGCAGGAGGAGAGAGCGGGGGUCAUGUCCCCUGGCCUGAUCAGCAACGGAGACUGGACCUUCCAGACAGUGGUGAUGCUGGAAAUGACUCCUGAGCUGGGAGACGUCUACACCUGCCUGGUUGACCACGCCAGCCUGCCGAGCCCCGUCUCUGUGGAGUGGAGAGCCUCGCCUGAAUAUUCUUGGAGAAAGAUGCUACGUGGAGCCGCAACUUUCCUGCUCGGGCUAAUCUUCCUCCUGGUGGGGAUCGCCACUCACUGCAGGGCUCGGAAAGGGGGUGCGGAGACUCAGCCAUCUGGUGACGAGGUCUCAGGGGCUGUUCUCUCACCAGCCCCACAACAAGGUCCCAGCUGAAGCUCCGCCCUGGAGCCCGAAGUAGCACCGGGUGGCGCUGUCCGUGAGGCCUUGGAGAGCCCCGACCUGAUUCUAGAGUCUGGGUUCUGAGAUCAUGCAUCUCUCACCCUCUGCACUUCUUGUUCCUACUGGUACAUGUCAUGAGUCCCUGUUCUCAGGACAGUGUCCAGAAAUUCCCCUGAGCCCCGACUCCUUCCAGCCCAGGCUGUUCACUCUGUGCUGCAGCCCUAACCCCUAA